AUGGUGCAGACUCGGACGAUCGUUAGCAUCACGGCCGCCACGGCUGUUGCAGGCCUUGUUGGUUACGCUGUAUACUUCGACCACAAGCGCCGCUCUGAUCCUCAGUUCCGCAAAGCGCUGAAAAGGGAUAGCAAACGGACGGCUCGCGCUGCUCAGAAGGCCGAUAAGGAAUCGAAAGCCGCGCUCAGCGCAAAAAUUGAGACUGCUGUCCGCGAUGUGCGAAAGCCUGGUGUUCUGCCCAGUGGUGUCGAGGAGAGGGAGCAAUACUUCAUGAUCUCGGUCGGUGAAGGUGAACAGCUCUUUGCUCGCGGGCCAGCUUCGCACUUCGAUGCUGCCGUCGCUUUCUUCAAGGCACUGAAGGUGUAUCCUUCACCUUUGGAGCUCGUCAUGAUCUACCAGAAGGCCGUGCCUGCAGAGGUGUUCGCCUUGAUCAUGGAAAUGAUUGGCCUGGAUGUAAGUGAUAUCCAGUUGCAGGACUCGGUCUGA